AUGCACAGUGAUGAAGAAGAAGAACCAUUAUUCCCUGUAGAAGAAGAGGUGACUCCUGUUGAUCCUACUAAGAUGGAAGUUAAGUAUGCUUUUAAUAACAAGAGUGCUUAUAAGAAACAUCUUAGGGGUUACUGUGUAAAACAUAAUUAUCAGUAUACGGUCUAUAAGAGUGACAAAACAAUAUUAAGAGUGAGAUGUAGGUUUAGGGAAGAGUAUGGCUAUCCUGAGUUCGUAAAAGAUGUGGUACAUGAGAAGUUAAAGCAGACAGCUGGGGCCUUAAUUCCAAAGCCUAAACACAUUGCAAGAGACUUUUUUGUAACUCAUAACAUCAAUAUACCUUAUAUUUGUGCAUGGAAGGCUAGAAAUCUUCUUUUAGAAGAUCUGUUUGGUAAUUAUGAAGACAGCUACAAGGAUGUACCCAUCUUUUGUGCAAUGGUGGCUCAUACUAAUCCAGGGUCUGUUGCUAAAUACACUUAUGGGAAAAGAGAUAAGACAUUCAUGAGCAUGACUAUUUCAUUUGCUGCACCAAUGAGAGGAUUUCAGAAAGCUUGCAGGGGAGUCAUAGGUUUAGAUGCAUGCCAUCUAACUAGCAAGCGUGGUGGUGUUCUAAUGGAUGCAACAGCAAUUGAUGGUAAGAAUUCUCUGGUGCCUUUAGGCAUUAAGGUGGCUAAAAGUGAAACCAAGGAGAGCUGGACUGGGUUCCUCAAGGAUUUGGCUCCAGCAAUCAAUGCACAUCAUGCUGGUAGAAUUACCUUUAUUUCUGAUAGGCAAAAAGGGUUGUUGGAAUCUGUUCCAAAGGUUUUCCCUGGUGCAAGAGUUAGAUAUUGCUUCAGGCACUUGUACAAGAACUUCAAGAAGUACCACAAGGCACCAACCUUGCACAACUUAUUGUGGAAUGCAUGCAAAGCUUACAAAGUGAUGCAUUUUCAGGUUUGUGCCUCUCUUUUUUAA